AUGAGCUCGCCGCAGAAGAAGACCGCCGCCGCAACAGAGGGUAACCUCUCUGUUGCUCAGUACCAUGAGCGCCAGCAGGCAAAGCGCGAUGCGCUCGCUGCAAAGGCCGCGUCGGGGACAACCCAGUCGGAGAUUGUCCUCGAAGGUUCCUCUGUAGUCAACGACGCCGUUGACUACGAAGACGACGACGUGGAGAUGGAAGAGGGCGAGGCCUCUUCUAGCAAGCGCAAGGAGUCUAUCGACAGCGAUAGUUUCGACCCGCAUGCCGGGUCGAGACGCCCUCGUGAAGGAUACGACUCGGACGCUUCGAGCUCGAAGCGUUCGCGCGGCGAGAGCGACACUCCGCUCUCUGCUGCUGGGGCUUUAAGCUCCCCGCAGAUCGCAGACCGUGUGGGCAACACCGUGCCUCCAAACGAAAUCCCGCUGUACGUAUGCAGCGGCAUCCACGACGAUGCUGUGGCGGAGGAGCAGCACUUUGAUCCGUUAACGAAUCAAAGGCGCGAUUAUUACAUCGGGCUCUUCCACGAGCUCCGGUACUUCUCCAGCAAGAAGACCUCUUCUCGCAGCAAAGUGCCUGAGUGGCAGGCACUUUGUCAAAGUCGGAAUGCUUUUGUUGAGAACUUCAACAAGAAACCGGCUGCUUACCACGAGCGGGUUAAGCAUGCCCGUGAACGCUUCGAGACAUUCUCGACGCGCGGGAGGUUGGAGCAGCUCCACAGAUCUUCUGUGGACGCUGGUAUUCCAUGCGCUGUGCCCGAAGGCCAACAGUGCACGUUGUGUCUUCCGGGUGCGGCGCGCUUGAGCGACCGCGACCUAAACGGGAACACGACGAUUCGUGUACCUGCGAGUCUCAAGGAUCUCCGUGCCAAGUUCUUGGCACGUGAGGAACGCGACGAUCGUGGGACCUCGGGCGCUUGUGUGGUGAGCUUCGUACGCCCUCACCAUUUCCGGGACGUCUUCGAGCAAGACGUUCCGCGGCUCCCAUGA